AUGGAAAGUGACUUUCGGUCAUGCUCAAAGCAGUUCUGGGAAACUGUCAGGCGCCUCUGGAAAGGAAAGCAGUUCUUAGCCCAGGCUGUGUUCAGCAGGGGAGGAGAGCUGCUAAACUGGACUGAGGAUAUCAUCAGGCAGUGGAAAGAACAGGAUCUCCUCAACCCUACUGAUAUGCCUGCCAUCAAGGAGGCAGGGAUGGAAGACUCGGGCGAAUCUGGUGCCAUCACCCUCACAGAAGUCACAGGGACCUUGUGUGUGAGAGGAGACACACUCCAGCAUCCAGGUCAUCCACUGGGUGAGACACAGAGAAGCCCCAGAUCUUUGGAUUUCAGCAUUGAAAUGUCAGACACUGGCAAACCUCUGACUUCCUUCCUCAUAGAAGACAUUCUGUCCACUAAGGACAGCAGUGGAUUUUGCGGAAAGUCAUUGCAACAAUGUUUGCAGUGGAAUGAAGAAAAGUUAUCAGAACAACUCUGCUCACACGAGACGUCAUCACAGAAAGAGUCCAGUGGCACAUCCUCUCCCAGCGUCUCAGAAUCCAGCAGCGUUACUUCUGCAGGGAAACAGAAGCGUUCCCGUGCUGCUUUUACACACGUCCAAGUGCUUGAGCUAGAGAAGAAAUUUCAUCAUCAGAAGUAUCUGUCUGCAGCAGAGAGGGCUCAUCUGGCCAGUACCUUAAGGCUAACGGAGACCCAGAUUAAAAUCUGGUUCCAGAACAGGAGAUACAAAACCAAAAGGAAGCAGCAAGCACUGGACUUCUGUCAGGACUUGUCCACACCUGAGAGUUUGGGCCUGAAAGACCAUUUUUUCCACUCAUCGCUGCUCACCACCAUCUGUGAAGCCUAUCCAUACAGACCCUACCUGUGGGACUACAGUGGCCCCUGGGGGCCAGUGUUUUGGUAAAAUUGAUCUAAGAUUUGAGUUUAAACGCAUUAAACUCAUGUUGAAUCUUUAAAAUAUUAGUUUGAUGACUCUGUCUUAUAAAAUGGUUUAUGUUUUGUUAUUUAUAAAUGUAUUUAUAUAGUAUAUACUUACACAACUGCAACAACAAUCCUGCACAUUUAUCAAGCCACCAAAACUAGCUGGACAAACCCAUUUGUCAUUUUUAAUAUGUGCAGUCAGUUAUAGUGCUGGUCAAAAUUUUAUAAGCACAAUUUAAAAUAUGUACAGAGAUAAAUGCAAAUAAACCAAUUUUGUACAAUCAGAAUAUUUGAUGGAGUUCCCAGUCACUGAGGAGAAAAAGAUUUCAUGUAGUGGAAAAAAAAAAAUACAGAUAUUAAAUCUAUGGGCUACACAGUCAGUGGCAGCCUUCAAUGAAUUUAUUGCAAAUGAUUUCUGGAUUAAUCACUUUUGUUUUUUGUUUUUUUUGCAACAAGUCAGGUGAUGAUUACAUGAACAUUUCCAAGUCAUUGACUAUGUCUUCAACUUCAUUUAUGUCAACAAAUACAAACUGGUAUGGUACACUAAAUCUGUCUGGAGUAGGCAGUUGUCUUUGAGUGUCUUGAUGGUUUCCCUCACUUACCUCCUUGCACGGUCACACAGGAUUUGAGAAGUGCCUACUACAGUCAGUUUUACUAUACAGUACCAUGCUGUUUGUUGUGCUUAAUGAUUGAUGUAAAUUAAGUCCAAGACAUAUUAAGUGACUUAGAAAUGUUCAUGCAUCCAUCCUCUGACUUCUUCUAAGAAAGCUUAUUGUGAAAGUGAUGAAUACUAAAGAGGCAAGAACAGUGUCAUGUACAUUUUGUGUUUGUAUUAUUAUUAUUAUUUAUUUAUUUGAAUGUACAAAGGCAUUUUUACUAUGGUUGUGGUUGGGUUGGGCAAUAACUUUGAUUGUUUUAUUAAAUAUUCAAAUGAGA